AUGUCCGACUCAGCGAGCGCAAAUGCUCCGAAGCCAAGCAGCAGUGUCAAGCUUGUGCUGCUAGGAGAGGCCGCAGUUGGCAAGUCCUCACUCGUCCUUCGCUUCGUCAACAAUGAUUUCCAGGAGAACAAGGAGCCGACCAUUGGCGCCGCAUUUCUGACGCAAAAAUGCUCCCUUCCUACGCGCACGAUCAAGUUCGAGAUCUGGGAUACCGCCGGCCAAGAGCGAUUCGCUUCCCUCGCCCCUAUGUACUACCGCAACGCGCAAGCCGCCCUGGUCGUCUACGAUGUCACGAAACCUUCGUCGCUGACAAAAGCUAAGCACUGGGUUGCCGAGCUGCAGCGCCAAGCGAGCCCUGGAAUCGUCAUCGCCCUUGUCGGUAACAAGCUGGACUUGACCAACGAUGGCGGCGAGGCUUCCGAGCCCGCUGUCGUUGCCGAGGCCGAGUCUGAGUCCGCUGGACAGAAUGGUGAGGGGGCCGCUGAGGAGGAGGAUGAGCCACAAGAUGCUGUGUCUGGUGAUGCUCGCAAGGUGUCAACACGAGAGGCUGGUAGCUAUGCUGAGGAAGAGGGACUCUUGUUCUUCGAGACUAGUGCUAAGACCGGUACUAACGUAGUGGACGUCUUCACGGCCAUUGCCAACACCAUCCCCGAGAGCAGUCUGAAGACUGGUCGGGGCACCGGCGCAGGCACUGGCCAGACUUCGCUGGGUCGCACUGGGGAGGAUGCUCGAGUCAACCUGGGUGAUCGGAACGUUGCGAAGGCCAAUGAAGGUUGUGCUUGCUGA